UUUCAUUUCAAUCUGUUAUUCUUUCAGAUUCUGUCUCCUCUGACCAAGAAUCUCUUCCACCGAGCCAUUUUUCAGAGUGGUGUUGUCCUUCAAUCAUCUCUAUUCACUUCUAAUGUCAAACCAAUUACUGAGAAAAUUGCAGCUUUUGCUGGAUGUAAAACAACUACAUCAGCCAUCAUGGUUCACUGUAUGAGGCAGAAGACAGAGGAAGAGAUCAUUAACAUAACUAAGAAGUUGGAAUUAUACCACUUGGAUUUGCUUGGAGAUCCCACAAAGGUAAAUUAUCUUU